GGUGGUGCUGAGGAAGGAGUUGCGAGGUGGCUGCCUACGCUGUGUGGUGUCUUCUCCGCGGGGGUCGGGAUUCACGUGGCAAGUAAAUCAUCUCUGGAGCUCAAGUUUGAGUUGAAACAAGCCUCCAGGUUCCCCUGUCUUCACUGAUCCGUGGGUUUGUGUGACCAGGACUGAGGGGUUUGCCAGGACAUAGGACAUUUAGGGUCCAAACUGUUACCAGAGAGCAGAUUCUUGGCUCAUCACAGAAGGAAUUCAGAGACAAGACAGAGUGGUCCCAGCAAGGAUUUAUUAAGAGAUAGAACACUCUCAAGGGGAGAACGGGCAGACUCAGAUGGUGAGCCAUCCUUGCAUCCCUGGACUAAAUCCCACUUGAUCAGGAGCCCUGUCCUGAGUGCACUGUGGGGAUAAGAGGAGGAACGUACUGUCUGAGUCACAAGAUGGCAGCCAUGGUUCUGUCCUCUACUUGUGCUCAGUCUUCCCUGUACCCAGCUUCUCCUCCAAAAGGAUACCUGGAGCAGGAUGGGUUGGCUAACGGUUUCCUGACAAGCUGGUUACAGGACUUGGUGACUUUCGAGGAUGUGACUGUGGAGUUCACCCAGGAGGAAUGGGCCCUGCUGGACCCUUCUCAACGAACACUGUACAGGGAUGUGAUGCUGGAGAACUGCAGGAACCUGGCGUCGCUUGGGUAUCAUGUUGAUAAACCCAGUCUGAUCUCCCAGUUGGAGCAAGAAGACAAGGUGAUGGCAGAGGAGAGAGGAAUUCUCCCAGGCACCAGUCCAGAUUUGGAGACUGUACUUAAAGCCAAAUGGUUAACUCCUAAGAAGCAUGCUUUUAGAAAAGGACAUUCUAAUGGUGUGAAAGUGGAAAGAAGUCAUCUUGGAGUGAAACUCAAUGAAUGUAAUCAGUGUUUUAAAGUCUUCAGCACAAAAUCUAACCUUACUCAGCACAAAAGGAUUCAUACUGGAGAAAAACCCUACGACUGUAAUCAGUGUGGAAAAUCCUUCAGCAGUAGAUCUUACCUUACUAUUCAUAAGAGAAUACAUAAUGGAGAGAAACCCUAUGAAUGCAAUGACUGUGGGAAGGCCUUCAACGACCCCUCAUCCCUUAGACUGCAUGUGAGAAUUCACACUGGAGAAAAGCCCUAUGAAUGUAACCAAUGUUUUCAUGUUUUCCGCACCAGUUGUAACCUCAAAAGCCACAAGAGAAUUCAUACGAGGGAGAAUCACCAUGAAUGUAAUCAGUGUGGCAAGGCCUUCAGCACGAGGUCCUCCCUUACUGGGCACAAUAGUAUCCAUACAGGGGAGAAACCUUACGAGUGCAACGAUUGUGGGAAAACCUUUCGGAAGAGCUCCUAUCUGACGCAGCACAUGAGAACUCAUACUGGAGAAAAACCUUAUGAGUGUAACCAGUGUGGGAAAUCCUUCAGCAGUAGCUUUUCUCUUACUGUGCACAAGCGAAUUCACACCGGGGAGAAACCCUACGAAUGCAGUAACUGUGGGAAAGCAUUUAAUAAUCUGUCAGCUGUUAAGAAACACGUGAGAACUCACACUGGAGAAAAGCCCUAUGAGUGUAAUCAUUGUGGAAAAUCUUUCACCACUAACUCGUACCUCUCUGUGCACAAGAGAAUCCACAAUAGGUGGAUAUGAUUGCAGUAACUGGAAAGCGUUCACUGAUCGCUUAGCUCUCAGACAACUUGUUAUCUGAGUUACGUGUGGCUGCGUGGCACAUUUCCAUUCAAAACAUAGUGGCUUUAAACAACGAACGUUUCUUAGCUGUAGGUCAGGAAUUCGGAAGCAGCUUAGCUGUGCAUUUCUGGCUCAGGAUCUCAUGACGUUGUAGUCAGGAUGUCAAAAGAAGCUACAGUCAUCUGUGUCUUUACUGCUGAAGGGUCCACUUCCAAGAUGGCUCGUGCACAUGCCUGGCAAGUCAGUGCUGGUUGUGGGCAGGGAACCUUCAUUUUCUCGCUGUCUAGGACUCUCCACCGGGCUGAGUAUCUUCAUGAUGUAGAAGCAGGCGCCUCCCAAAGCAUCUGAUUUAAAGAAGAGCUAAUGCAGAAGCCACAUUGUCUUUUAUGACCCAGCCUCAGAAGCACAUGCUGUCACUUCUUCCUUAUGGUGUUGGUCACGCAGACCAGUCCUGAGACCUUGCGGGAUGAGGCCAUGCAUAGUGUGAGUACCAGGAGACAGAUUGUUGGGAACCGUCUGAGAAGGUUGCCAUGAAAGCACUGAAGAAAGGCCUUCAGGAGACCCCCCAUUCUUUCAGUCUCUUGAAUAUGGAGUAAUAUUCAGUAACUCCUGUGUUAAUUCACUCUUGAGAGAAAUCUCUUGAGUCCAAUCUUGGUGAUAAGCUUUCAGCUCAGACUCACCAUAAUGUGCACAGAGGAUUACGUAUUGGGGAAUAGCAGUGAUGAUAUCUAGGGAGCUGUGUGACAGCUCACACUAAGGGGGAAAUCCUGUGAGUAUCAUCAGAAUGUAAACGCCUUCAGGGCACUCACCCCUUAGAACACACAUGAGGAAUCUCUGCAGAGGAACACGUAUAUGAGGACCGUGGAAAACCCUGUAGCACCGGCACUUACAUUACUGAGCAGAAGGUGAAGAGACUCCGAGUGCAGUUGCUGGGAAAGCCUUCAGUGUUCUCUCAGUUGGUAAGAGACAAUGAGGAUUUAUUCUGGUGAGAAAGUCCCACUGAAUGUCGUCAGCAUUGGCACACCUUCCAUUUCCCCCACAAUCCUUAAACUGUGAGAACUCACUGCAGAAUAAAGAACGAGAGAAGGCCUUUCAUUGUACCUCUUACCUUAGGAACAGUAUGAAAUUCCUGGAUGUGAAACCUGUGAGGGGAUUAAUUUUGGAAAAGCUUUCGGUGAGUCCUGUCUUGGUUAACCUGUGAGAAGUCCCAUGGAAGGGGAACCUUGGGACUGUCCUUAACAUGGGGAGGAGGUCUCAGCUCUUCUCUGAGUGGCCGCAGAGUAAUUUGAACUGGGAAUGAAAAGUGUAAAUGUUACAAGUGUGGGGUUACCUUUAUCAGUAUCUCAUUCUUAGAGUGGGGGACUAGCUUAUUAAUUUUCAGUCUUUUGCUUACAUAUAAAGAUUUGUGUCUAUAGCCCUACACUAAAAUAAACCUUAAAUUAUGUUCCAUAGUUUUGUAUGUAAGAUGUUUAUUAUCAUUUACUCUAAAAAUACUGAUACAUUGCAUAUUCAUUAAGGUAUUUCUGAAUAUCUCCUGACUGAUUUAGUUAAUCAUAGUAUAAAUUAGACUAUAUUUGCUAUUUGCCUUUUUCUGAUUUAAUGGCAUAUCUAUCAAGUAAGUGGACCUAAUUUUUUUUUUAAUCUUUCUGUCCUAGUAUGGUGGUUACUUUUAGCUUCUUUCUCAAUGUCCAUUCGCCCCUAUUUAUUUUCUUAAAAAAGAAAAACAGUUUUUCCAAGUUGUGGAUGAGCAGUAUUGAAAAUACUCAGCCUUGGAGGCAUCCCUGAAGCCCAGAGAGGCCUUGUCCAACUCUGUUGGCAGGAGAAGCAGGUAGAAGUAACUGGGGGAGACAUCGUCUGGCUUGUUAGCCUCACCCAGUUCCUGUUCAUCUUCCCUAUUCCUUCUCUUGAACAUAAACUCGAGGCCUAGAGUUGGAAGAGCUUUAUUUCGAUCAUGAUGACAAAAACCCCAGUGUGGCAAAAAUGACAGUGGUCUGGGCUCUCUAAGAGAUGGGCUCUGUCAGCUGUGGACUGCUGAUUCCUAGACUUCUUCCAUGAUUAGAAGCAACCUCUUAAUUGGUGGAAACACCAGUGACUUUUUUGUGGGGAGUGAGGUUGUUUUUGAGGUGGUGUUCUGUUAAUGUCCAGCUGAAUGUAAUAUUAUUAGUUGGUCAGAUUUUAUGAAUGCUCCAGGUUUUUUUUUUAAAACAAUGUGUAUUUUCUAAUUUUUGGUUAUAGAGUAUAUUCCCAUUAACUCAAGCUAAUUGUGUUUUCAGAUACAGUGUGUACGUUAAGGGCUUUUUCCUCUCAAACUGAAUUUAGAUGUGUAUUAAAGUCUUCCACCGUGGUUAUGGAUUAACCAAUUCUUUUUUGUAAUUCUGUCAUUUUUUCUUUAUGUGUUUUUUUUUGUGGGUUUUUUUUUAACCUUUUUUUAUUGAAGUACAGUCAGUUUACAGUGUUGUGUCAGUUUCUGGUGUACAGCACAAUGCUUCAGUCAUACUUUAUGUGUUUUGAUAUAAUGUAAAUACACACAUGGUUAGGUAUUAUCUUGUGAAUUGUUCUUUUUUUUUUUAAAUUAGGGACCGUAUUUUCUCAUAGCAAAGUAUUUCAAUACAAUAAUAAAUGGUCAAACAUUUAUA